GAAUUAUUUCGGAGGCUGACCGAGUGGUGCUUCGUAGGGUGAUAUCACACCCUAGCCCAAGAAAGGCUACACUUGGAUUCGGAAUUAGUCAAAUAUUACUUGGUCUUAUUAUAAUUGCCAUAAGCUUCACUGCCUUUGCAAUGUCCACCUCCAACCGAGUUCGAAAUGCUUGUCCUUACUGGGCUGGAUUUUCGGUGUUAUUAACUGGUGGUGUUGGUCUUAUAGCGUGGAAACAACCUUCUUCUUUGGCUGUAACAUUUUUCACAUUCCUUUCGGCAAUUUGCGUGAUUCUUCAUCUUGUUGGUGCUGUUCUUUCUGGAGAGAGUGGUGCGCUUCUAAACACGUUCAAGACGUGUGCAGGACAAAGCGAACUUAUAGGCAAUUCUUGUCUCUGCUGCCAGGAGAGCCCCUCGUGCACUGGACAGAAUAAUUCUGUUGUGUUUGAGGGCAUUAGCAACUGUAAAGCCAUCCGCUCACUCCUCAAAUACUUGAUGUAUAUGAUGUGUGGUGCGAACAUUACUGCAUGUGUUGUGUCAUUCAUCGCUACGGUGAUCGGUUGUAUAUACAUUGUUCGGAAACAUACCUCACGUAGGAUGGUGCUUCAGCGAUCCCAGGCCAAUAACACCACUCAAGACACAUACUAUAACGAUUUUGUGGACCCGGUGUUCACGCCACCAUCUGUACCACCACCUCCGUAUUCACCACCCGAAUACACCGCCAUAGCUAAUGAUCCAGUUGUGAUGGAAAGAAAUGAAUUUGUUAAUGGCCUUACUGUAAUGCCACCACCGUACUCCACGUUAGAUUGGCCACGGGAACACGCUAGACAACGGGAUGCUACUGAACGAACUGUUAGUACAGCUGAAGAGCCAAGCAUUCAAGAAAACAACAUUGAAGUAAUGGAUAGCACAGACACCAGCCCAAGUCACUCCCCCUCACCAGCAGAGGAAGCUUAUUUGGCAUAUUGCCAGGAUGAUAGCGAAGAAAACGCUCCUCUUCCUCCGCAGCGAUGGGACAGUCAUCACAUUAUGGGAUCUUUUUCAUCAUCUCUAAAUGAACAAUUUAGUAAUAUGUCUAUGAGUAGUCUUGACGACCGGUUAAGACGCAUCGAACAGCGACACACAUCGAUGGAGAGAUCAUCUCCGGAUGAUUUCAGGUCUCGUAGGAGGAGGAGGAGGGAAGAUCGAAGACGUGUAAGAACCAGCGCUCGCAUUAAUAGUAGCUCUAGCGCUUCUCCAGAACUUGGUGAGUCUUGCGAGUACAUUGAUAGUAUUGAUGAGGAUUCAUUGGCUGAUAGUUUGCAAAUUGCACCGGUAGAGGACAAUGAAACAGCACCACCAUUUGCAGAAGGAGGUGGACCGCUUUUGGACGAAUCAGUAGCUGACCGCGGGUUUUUCAGUGCAAUUGUUAUGUCAACAUCAAAUGACCAUUCCCAAUCACCUCUUCAUUCACAAGGAACACCACCAGUUCUAAAGCGAUCAAGUGCAACUCAAACAUCUCUUGAAUCAUUUGUGAUAGAGAACUUAAGUGGUAGUCCACCACGCAGGAGGAGUCUUGAGACUUCUCCUAAACUAGGUGGCAAAUUUGGUGGAGGCACAAAGCUUGGAGAAUCAUCAAGGAAUCAUGAAUCUACGUUAACUUCUGAUAUCGACCCUGGUUUAGGUUCAAGUCCACCAAGUGGUGUUGAGUCAUCACCAUCUUUACCCCAUAGGAGGACUACCAAUUUUUCUAAAAGCUAUGGUCAAAGAGAGCCAUCAAGCUCUGUAGCAUCCAGUAUAGCUGGCACUGUUACUGCCAAAGAGCAUCUUCAGGCAGCCACAGAAUCAUCCCACAGAGCUGCCAUUGAGGCAGCCUCAAAAAGUUCUCCAAAGAAAAUUGGGAAUGUUGUUUCGCAUUCUAAUCGUAAACUCAGCACAAACAGUCAGCGUACAAAGCGUUUGUACAGACUGCGGCCACGUGCAGUAUGCUCUACCUCUAGCGAUGACGACUAUAUGGAGUCUGAUCGAGUAUAUCCUCGAUAUUUAGUAGCAAAAUUAGCAAAUGGUGUAAUUAAGAGUGAAGUUCAAUCCCAGGAAACUGUAGAUAACCCUCAUGAACAAAACACUUCCACUUACAAUGCACAAUCUCCAGUACGCUUAAAACUACGUCAACGACGGUCUUCGGAUAAAUUACAGUAUUUAAGAAAACGUAGCAUCAAGAGUCCUGGAACGCAAGAAAAUGUGGAGAGUCAUGUUGAGAACCCAAUUCGCAUACGUCCUAAUGACCGCAAAGCCGCGAGGAGGAGACGUCGCUCAGAAUCGCUUGAUUUUAAAGGUAUGCGGCAUCCAGUGGGACGAAAAGCACCGCUUCAGUCAAGAAGUCGUAGAUUCUCGCAACCCAGUUAUUCUAGUAAUUACAAUCCAUGGAUACUUAGGAAUGAUGUUGAACAUAGCGUUCAGAAUUUCAAUACAAAUCACAACAACACGUAUGGUAGGUGUUUUGGAGAUGCUAGCUUUAUCCAUGAAAUUGAAAUCAAUGUUGAAAAACAUAAAAUGAAAGAUCGUGUAAGCGUUUUGAAAGGCGGUGGUGCUGAACGUCCAAAAUCACUUGUUGACGUGAAUAAAGACGUGAAGAAACUGCUCAGUAGAUUUUUGUAUCAAUCUGGACGUGAAAUUUCUCCUGCUGUCAAAACAGCUCUUCAGGAUAUACAGAGCAUGCUCAGACGGGACGAUCGCUAUAUGGCCGAGGUUCUGCAUAGUGCAAAGGUCAUGGAUAAAAUAAUUGCAGAUAACAGUGUGUCAGGAUCAGUAAAACGUGUGCCAAAUGAUUUCAGUAACAAAUCACAAAGUAUACGAAAUAAAACAGAGAAAGAUUCAGAUGAUGUUUUGCGAAAGGAUAGCAAGAAAAAUAGUGCUUUAUUAGAUUCGUCAGAUAAACAAAUCUUGCAUCAUAGUCUACCAUCGCUGUUAAUUUCAAAGGAACCAAGUCGACAGGAGAUUGUAAAGAGUUUAAAAAUUGCAAGGGAAACAAUUUUGUGAGAAAAUGAAUAUAAUUAAUUGCUGCUAUAACACUUUUUUGAUGGCAUUUUCAGGCUGGUCUGCUCAGCAUUUGACUUGAACCAUGAGAUUGUGGAUGUAAUGAGUUGGCUUGGAUUUUAAAGUAUGUUGUAACUCUUUUAAUGUGAACAGUUGAAACAUAAAUGAAACGCGUGCUCCCUAUAACCUAUUCGUAAAUUUCUGUGGCAUACACGAACAAAGAUUUUGCAAUUUAAGAUGUAUUCAUAGAAUGUCAACCUUCUAACUACUGCCAUGAAGUAGAACAUUUCUUCACGUUUCCUUAGUUUAGUUUUAUCUUGCAUAUUUUUUUUUCCAAUGACGUGAUAAGUGAAACAUGUUUUCAAAGCAUGUUUCAGCUGAAGUCAGAUUUUCAUUAAUGGAUAAGCAAUUACCAGAACAACUGCACAAGUAUGUUAGUUUCUAAUUUGCAUAUUUCCAGGAAUCAAAAGAUUAUAUCAAGCAACUACAUUGCUUUAUCUAAAAUAAUAAUCUUUUUUUGGUUGAAUCAUUCAAGAUUUGCCAAGUAUAUUUAAUAACCAUCUCACAAACUUUCCUCAUCAGACUCUUGCAUUAUUCUAUUGCAUAUACUGCACUAUUGUAUACAUGUUAACAAUUCAAUAAUUACAUAAUAUUGCACUUUUGUAUACAUAUUGACAAUAAACGCAUUAACAUGAGUAUAUGCAUAAUGGAUGGAUGAGUCUACAUUAAUGAACGCAUUGACAGUAAAUAAUUCUAAUGAGCAUAUGUAUCGUGAGUGAACACGUCUGUAUGAAGAACAUGUUGCCAGCAAUGAAUCUAUGUGAAUGCAUAUUGUCAAUGUAGUGUCUAUAGUGUACUGUACAUGAGUGAAACUUCAGUAUAGGAAUUGCUGAUGAACACAUUACAUGAGUAUAUCUUGUAAACGAAUGCAACUCCAUGAGUGCGUUGUCAGUGUAAACACUAUAGUGUACAUGAGUACGCACUGUAUCAGUAAGUGCAUGUACUUAAGUAUUGCAGUACAUAUGGAGUGAAUGCAUUUUCAUCACCAGAGAAUGCAUCUAUUGUACACGUGGAUGCACAUUGACAGUAACCCCAGUUAAACACACUGUGGAUGAAUAUGCAUUGGUAUAUGUACACCUGUUAUCAAUGACAAAAUUUGUGAUAUUAAAUUAAAAAAUCUCAGUAACCUAAUAAUUAUACAAAAUACAAAAUGGUUUGAAGUGAAGUAGUGAAUUCUACUUCUUGAGGUGUUGGAUGAUCGGGGCUACUGUACCUCCCCACACGAAAUGGAGGAAGGUAGUCCUAAUCAUCCAACAAUGAGGCAAGUAGAAUUGACUGCUUUACUGAAAUAAAACCAUGUUGUAUUUGUUUUACUGUGCCUUGUAAAUAUUAAACAGCAAACUGUCCAUCUACAUUAGCCAUUUCAAUCUAUGAGGGUAAAAUUACGCAGUUUGAAUACGGUUCACGUACGCAGGGGUGCGUAGUAUUUACAGUAUUUCCUCGCGUAAGUAUAAAUUUGGCACGCGCAGGGAAGAAGUAGAAACUAUCGCACCCCUUACCCUGUGGAAUUGACCAAUGAAAUGUAGUUAUUACCUAAUUUAAAUUUAUGAGGUAUAGUAAUAAAGUAUUAUUGAUUGAUUGUAUAUAAAAAUCUGAUGGAAUACAUGAUUGAUCUUCUUUAUUAAUUUAACAAAAACAGUUUCUGAUUCAAUAACAGAAAGUAUUCAGGCUAAGAAGUCUUGGCUUUCUCAUGUGAAUUGAGGUAGGAAAGGAAAAUUUUGUAGUGUGAUUUUAGCAAAAACUCAACAUUUAAUGUAAAAAUGAAAACUAUAAUAACAUAAAACAUGUACUAUUAAAGAGUCAAUGUCUUUUAUGUAAUUUUUUAUUUGUGCUAAAUUGUCUUUUUUAUUUGUUUUUACCAUUUGUAUUUUUU